CGACUGACGACUCAACGACACGACAGAGCCCAAACAGAGUGUAUUGGUUGGUCUUAUUUCCGCAAGAAAUAUGAAUUUUACAAUAAAAGGCAUAUCCUUUCGAUUACAAGAAGCAUGUGAAAGGUAUAGUUCUUAGCUUUGUACAUGGGAUGUGCGCAGAAAGCAGUCUGGAUACCUGAAUAAUUCGUUUCUAUUAUCGACUUGUGGAAACCGCUCAGUGAACAGGGAAGAGCCAGAGCGGGAAUUGUCUGACUUCUACGCCAGAAGGUGCGGCUUGUGCCCACCACCAUCACACUGAGGGGAUGUCGCAGAAAAUGACAGGCCGCAAAGUGAAAGGUUUUCCAUGUUUGACGAACACACGGAAAGCAGUUCGACCGUCUUUCAAUGUUACACAAAGGCUUCGUAUGCGAGAGCUGAGGGGAUGUUUACAGCCAACCAGACAAACUUACCCAGUAUGCCGGUCCCUCUUUGGCAAGAUACCUGGGCGUCUUGGCAUCCCACUCAAGGCUAUCAUCGACGAUCACUUUCUAACUGAGGAAGGGCAUGUUUUCUUGGGGUUCAGCAAAGAUGGUAACUUUGUACUCUCCUACACACUCAAUGUGGACACCGAUGAUCACACAGCAUUUCCUGUGUACAUCUAUCAGCUCCACUGGUGGAGAUUCAAUCACUACCAAGCCAUGGAAAAGGUUUCUGAAGUCGGACUCUUUGGUGAGGAAGAAAUUCAACAAGAUCUGUACAUCGCCAUCUGCAGUUGGCCAAGUGACAGUACUAAGGUUAUGGUGUAUGGUUGUUCUACCUCAUCAAAGCCACUCUUAGAUGAGGAGAAGCAGCUAUGUUAUGUAACCAUUACAGCAGUGCCAUCUACGGAGCCAUGUCCCAACUGCCUUCACCUCAAGUACACAUCCGACAUGGCCACAGGUCUCUCCUCAGGUUUCAACCCAGGUUGGUUGCCUCCAGAAUUCCAGGAGGAGCUUCCUACUCCUGCAGCACCUACGUGUUUGAAGCAUGGCUUCGCUGUCCACACGAAGUAUGAACUUGCCCCACCCUUUCCGUCCUUCUCCCCGAAACACAGCCUUUCUAAGGACGGGGUCACAGUACUUAACACAGGUUACUCCAUCAUAGCCCUUGCAGUCAGCUUGGGCAAAGGAUCACCUUGCAGCAGCCUCUACUCUCCAGGCAACAGCUCAGCCAGGUCCUUCGCGACGCGUGCUUCCGAUGUCGGCUCGAUGCGCGGCGGGGGCAGCCGCUGCAGGGACUGGUUGCACUCCUCCUCCACUAACUCUCAGGGAUUUGCUCCAGUAGACGAGCGCAACGGCUCGGACAGGAGACACGACAUCAGUACAGUGCCUAUUUAUUCGCCGUCUUCCACCGCCAUUACUGACUUCUGUAACUUUGGUAUCAAUGAGGAGAGCUCUAACUCGGAAGACCUUCUCCUGGGCAUACGUCUUGCGAGUGGUCUUCAGGCUCCUCGAAGCUCAUCACCUUCAGUCAUCAGUUCAAGAGACUUUCUGGACAUCCUCGAUGAGGAGGAAUUUGAAGGAGCAGACCUCUGUGAGUUUGCAAAACAAACCAAAGUACUUCAAGGACAUUCAGGAAAAAGCCCGUUCAGUCCUUCCUCUCAGGAACCUAACGCAAGAACAGUCGACCUCUCGGCUACACAAGAAACGGACUGUGACAGUACAUCAUCGGCCGAUGUCGACACCACCGACGGCAGCAGACUACCAAAGACCACUGUGCCACACAAGGAUGGCACACAUUCCAAAGUUUCAGACUCGUGCAGUGUACGGUUAUCCGUUGCGCAGGGUGCAUCUAACAGAACUCUUGUGGCUUCACCUGACCAGGAAGCCGCCUCUACUUCAUCUGAAAGGCUUGUCUCUCCUAGUGACCAUACCAAAACUGUGCAAUCCAAGAGUGCUUCUAAUCCUUCAGAGAUUUGCAUCACCUUAACCUCGUCCUCUACGACGGCAAUCCCGAAGAUGGGCAAUCCCAACCCUCUGCAGGGAAGUCCUAGACAUGUCCCUCACUCCUGUAGUUUGGACCCAGAAUCCAGGUAUCAUCACCAGAUUGCAGAGAGUAGCUCUAAGCACAUGGCAGGUCUGUAUGAUGCACAUCCAGGAUGCCAUGGGCUCUCACCUCGUAGUCUAGAGAGUGAGGACUUCAGCCCUUCGACUAGUAACUGCCCUACACCAAGCAGAUGGAGCCAAAACCCAGUAUGUCGGCACAGCCGUCUGCCCUGUGAUAACUGGAGCUCCUGCAGCUCCAUCUCCUUCCAUCGCCUGAACGAGGUCAACGACAAGGACGAGAUCGGAAGCGAGAUUGACCACACCUGCCCAUACCACCAUGGUAUCUUUGACCACUACUCCCAGGUCAGCGGCCGCAGCACCAUCAGAGAAUGCACCUGCAAGCUCCAGAGGUUCACCUACUCCGUCCGUCGCUACAUGGAGCGGUUGUUCCCGAUAGAGGAACCGAUAGAAAGUGAUAGCUUUGAAUACCAUAGUAUGCUACCAUUGACCGUGGUGGGGUCCAACAACAUGAGAAUGUUACCGGCCAAUAGAAGUCUUCCUCAAGAAGGUCCAUUCGUGGAGGUAAAGCAGCUGACAAUGGAUGCAGAGCAUUACAUGUGUGAAGCAAUCCGUACAGUAGCGCCGUGGGGCCGACGGUACAUCGCAUUUACAGACUAUGAUAUGCAAGUACUAGAUGUGUGUGCUGAUUCCUGCAACGUUGUUGUGAUGAUCAAGUGCCUUGUGCGUGCCUGGCCUGAGCCCAAGAAACCCAAAGAUGUCUUUGAGUUUGAAGAUGACCCCGCCAAUGACACUCCACAGAUGUACCAGACUGGAUUCAAGUUUGCAUGGAAUCUCAAAACAGGUAAGUACAAGACAUUUGAGGUGGAGUCCCUGCAGGAGUUUGACCAAGCUCAGCUGUUGAAGGUGUGGAAUCCUGGCAGAGCUCUUUGUCAAAGGAUACAGAGGAGAUGGGCCAUCCCUCAAGCACACACCAAGGGCGUACACGUACUCACCAAUGAGGCGGUCUUCAAGAAUCGUUCUCUGACCAAGCUCCUGGAUCCUCUGCAUUAUGUUGCUAUUGUGCUGACCUGAAGUGAUUCCGUGUGUCAGACGUCCUCUGCCGUGCUUUUGGAGAGUUCUAAGAGAACAUGCAGGAGGAUCUUCAGGAGUUUUAAUGAGUGGUGAAGGGGGUCUUGCAAGCCCAGGACAGUCUUCAGGAGGAUCUUCAGAUUUUCUGAGGGGCGUUUCAAAAAACUUUUCAUCAGUGACAAAUGAUAUUUGUUGUCAUAAGCUACUGAAAUCCUUGCUUCUGAUUGGUUA